CUGAGACCGCGGUGCCGAGAUCAGGGUGUCGAGCAGAAGUCAAGUCUCUGUUGCCUCUCCACAAGCACGACGACACGCGCGAGGAAAGCGAGACAGCCGCCUCGCGAAGCCGAAGCCUGUAACCAGGGGAGCGCCACUUCCGCUGACGUCAUCGCGGCGACACGUGGAUCCAAGAUGGCGGCGGUGAUGCAGGUUUGGUGGCUGCGGUCCAUGCUGCUUCUCUCUUUCACGUAUGAUACAAGCGCCUUCUAUGUGCCUGGGGUUGCACCAAUAAACUUCCACCAGAACGACCCUGUGGAAAUCAAGGCUGUGAAGCUUACCAGCUCUCGAACCCAGCUACCUUACGAAUACUACUCGCUGCCCUUCUGUCAGCCCGUCAGAAUAACCUACAAGGCUGAGAAUCUGGGAGAGGUGCUGAGAGGGGACCGGAUUGUCAACACCCCUUUCCAGGUUCUCAUGAACAGUGAGAAGAAAUGUGAAGUGCUGUGCAGUCAGUCAAGCAAACCAGUGACCCUGACGGUGGAGCAGAGCCGGCUGGUGGCUGAGCGCAUCACGGAAGACUACUAUGUUCACCUCAUUGCUGACAACCUGCCCGUGGCCACCCGGCUGGAGCUCUACUCCAACAACCGUGACAGUGAUGACAAGAAGAAGGAAAAAGAUGUGCAGUUUGAACAUGGCUACCGGCUUGGCUUCACAGAUGUCAAUAAGAUUUACCUGCACAAUCAUCUUUCAUUCAUCCUUUACUACCACCGGGAGGACAUGGAGGAAGACCAGGAGCACACAUACCGUGUCGUCCGCUUCGAGGUGAUUCCCCAGAGCAUCAGGCUGGAGGACCUCAAAACAGAUGAGAAGAAUUCAUGUACCUUACCUGAGGGGACCAACUCCUCACCCCAAGAAAUUGACCCCACCAAGGAGAAUCAGCUGUACUUCACUUACUCUGUGCACUGGGAGGAAAGUGACAUCAAGUGGGCCUCUCGCUGGGACACUUACCUGACCAUGAGUGACGUGCAGAUCCACUGGUUUUCUAUCAUUAACUCUGUCGUGGUGGUCUUCUUCCUGUCAGGCAUCCUGAGUAUGAUUAUCAUCCGAACCCUGCGGAAGGACAUCGCCAACUAUAACAAGGAGGAUGACAUUGAAGACACUAUGGAGGAAUCUGGCUGGAAGCUUGUGCAUGGUGAUGUCUUCAGACCACCCCAGUACCCCAUGAUCCUCAGCUCUCUGCUGGGCUCAGGCAUUCAGCUCUUCUGUAUGAUCCUCAUCGUCAUCUUUGUGGCCAUGCUUGGGAUGUUGUCGCCCUCCAGUCGGGGAGCUCUUAUGACCACAGCCUGCUUCCUCUUCAUGUUCAUGGGGGUGUUUGGUGGGUUCUCUGCUGGCCGUCUGUACCGCACUCUAAAAGGCCAUCGGUGGAAGAAAGGAGCCUUCUGUACGGCGACACUGUACCCUGGUGUGGUUUUUGGCAUCUGCUUCGUGUUAAAUUGCUUCAUCUGGGGAAAACACUCAUCAGGAGCGGUCCCCUUUCCCACCAUGGUGGCUUUGCUGUGCAUGUGGUUUGGAAUCUCCCUACCCCUUGUCUACUUGGGCUACUACUUCGGCUUCCGCAAGCAGCCAUACGACAACCCUGUGCGCACAAACCAGAUCCCCCGGCAGAUCCCUGAACAGCGGUGGUACAUGAACCGAUUUGUGGGCAUCCUCAUGGCUGGCAUCCUGCCCUUUGGCGCCAUGUUCAUCGAGCUGUUCUUCAUCUUCAGUGCCAUCUGGGAGAAUCAGUUCUAUUAUCUCUUUGGCUUCCUGUUCCUUGUUUUCAUCAUUCUGGUGGUGUCCUGUUCACAAAUCAGCAUUGUCAUGGUAUACUUCCAGCUGUGUGCAGAGGACUACCGCUGGUGGUGGAGGAAUUUCCUGGUAUCUGGGGGAUCCGCGUUCUACGUCCUGGUCUAUGCCAUCUUUUAUUUUGUUAACAAGCUGGACAUCGUGGAGUUCAUCCCUUCUCUCCUCUACUUUGGCUACACAGCCCUCAUGGUCCUGUCCUUCUGGCUGCUCACGGGUACCAUCGGCUUCUAUGCAGCCUACAUGUUUGUCCGUAAGAUCUAUGCCGCUGUGAAGAUAGACUGAUUGGGUGGACCAUUGCCAGGCCCACUCCAUCCUCAGACGGGAAGCACCCUGCGUGGGGAACUGCAGGCACGCAAAAUAAAAUAACUCCUGCUCAUUUGGAAUGUAACUCCUGGCACAAUGUUCCUGGAUCCCCAAGCUGGGGCGGGCAGGAGGGCCUGUAGAUAAACCUUGCAUUUUUCUUCAUCUUAUUCCAGUUCUGUGAGAGAUGAGGUUUUUUUGUGGGUUUUUUUUUUUUUUUUUUUUUUUUGUCUGCAGUAAUAAGAAAGUUCCCUCCAGCAGGACUUGUCUGACCUGUUGAUUCAGGUUCAUAUUUGGUUUGGGGAUUUUUUUUCCUUAUUAUUUUUAAUGGAUCCAGGAUGCAUAAAUGUUGGGUUUUGGUCACUGUCUCCACCUCAGCCCUUCAGGGCUGUUCACCACCCUACGACCAACUGAGGAGGGAACACCAGGGCUGCAGUGAGGGUACCGAGCCUCUUUGCCCAUCCUCACCACUGAUGCCACGAUAUGACACAGCUCUAGCCUGGACAGCAGCCUCAGUGCCAACCAACAUCUGCCGGCCACUCUCCACCCUGUUUUUUCCCCAGCCUUCCUCUCCCUUGGGCAGCCCAAGGCAGAGCCUAGACUGGUCUUCCAGCCAGGCCUUUGACCAUCGUUUUACCAGGAGCAAGUCCUGGCUGUGUUUGUUACAAGGAAUUCUGGACAUAACAGGGUCGGGUUCCCUAGGACAACAGGAAUCCCCCCAUCACAGAAACUGGAAUUUGCUGACCAACAAUGAGGAAGACACCUGCACUAAACUGUUCUUGUGCCAAGAAACCCUGGACGUGGAGGCCAAGCAUUUCCUCAUGUCUGUCUGGGCAGAGGUAGCUGAGGCCACCCGUGUGCUCGCCCCUCAGGAUCGCUCCCUAGUCUUUUCUUCAGAGGGUGCCACUUUUUUCCAAAGUGUAAUAGUGGUGGUCCUUAUCCCUUGUUUCUAGGCUUGGAGUCCCAAGAUUGCCCCCUCCCCAAAACCUUGAGGUGGCUGAACAGAGGCAUUCUCUUCUGACCCAUCCCCUGACCUCAGCAGCUCUCACUUUCAGCCAGAUCCAUGCCCUUUAUCUCCCAUCUGAGUUCUUUUUGCGACACCCAGAAAACGGUUGGAAGGAGGCUAGAAGGUAAGUUUAAUUGUUCCUUCCCCAGUUCCCAGGAUAGGCAAGAAGACCAUCUUGGAAGGAGGAGGCUCAUGGGCCUGGCCUCGCUCCUCCAGAACCCCUUACCCAGCUCCUGCCUGCCCUGUGUGAGUCACAGGCAUUGCUGUUAAGUUGCAAGAGGCCAAAUCCACCCUGGGAUUAGGGUCAUUUGCUAUGGGUCCCUGCCAGGAGACCGCUCAAGAUGCUGGUUACGCUCGAAAUGCACUCUGCCCCUCCCUGUCUCGGUCUCCCCAGGCCCUGCGAGCUCCAUCAACCCAGUGAGCUCAGUCUCACCUCGCAUGGCUCCACAGCUCCAAGCAGCACCCACCAAGAAUCAGGUUGCAAAAAAGGGAACCCAAAGAGUAGAGCAUACCAUGGGAGUCUUGUUCAUCAAAUCUUGGAUUUUUCCCUCUAAGAUUCUCUUUUGGGGCAGGGGUCAGAGUGGAGAACAGGUUCAAACAUCGUCGAUUUUUCUGACUUUUUAAAUCAUCAUCAUUAUUUUUAAUUAAAAAUUGCCUGUAUGCCUUUUUUUGGUCCAGUUGUAAAUAAAAUGCCAUUGUCCUGUU